AUGAAGCUGAACAAGAUGGCAUUUCAGUUCUCUUGUGCCUCUACAGCUAAAGUAGAUUGUAGUCUGCUCUUGAAGAUACCAAGGAUGGCAGAUGUGAAAUAUUUAAAUACAGACAACUUUUGUCAGGGAUUCUACUUUUUUCAGGAAUUAUGUCAGUCAGUCUAUGACAAGAAUAAAUCUCAGGGAGAGAGUACCUCAGAUUUGCCUGCAGAAGAUGGUGAAGAAGCAGAAGUUGCAGGUGAAAUGAAGUCACUUAAAGACUGCGUUCCAGUGGAGAAGAUACUUAUAGUGGGCCAUGGAGCGGCUCUGAAGCAACUCUACACUCACAUUCACACAACUCUGGGGUGUAAGUUGCCAGGCGAUCCAGACGUCCUGAAUUCCAUCUCACCAAAUACGGGGAUAUCAGAGUACUUAGUUCAAUAUUCUCCAAAGAAGUAUGUUAUGCUCUGCCAACGAAUUCAUGAUGGAGAACACUUGAAGGAUCUCUAAUGAUGUUGGACUUCAGGAAUGUCUUAUUGCACGUGCAACAGUGGCCUUCAUCAGCUGCAAAUCUGGAAAAUGCCUUGUAAUCUUUCCAUGUCUUAAUAUUAUCAGUAGUUGUUUGAUGGAAAGACUUUAGCCGAUGGAUGUGUAGGGGGAUUGCAAUGGUUGUGUUUUGAGUGAUGUAAUUGUAUUAAAUUUUUUUGUGAAAUUUAUUAAUAAUGGUAAUUAUGAAA